ACAGACAGACAGAGACAGGCAAAUACCUAGAGACUAUGGACCCUGCAGCAUCUCUGGGUGUCUUCCUCUUCUUAUUUUCUUUUGUUGGAGGCCAGUAUGACACUCUUGAGCGUAGAGCGGACAAGACUGUUCCUCCGAGACUUCAGCAGCUACGAGACCACUUGGUGGACCGAGGAAUGUACCAAGAGGGAAUGUUCCAUCUGCUGUCUUACGUAGUACCAACCGACUCAGACAACCCUAGGUGUAGCAACCACAGCGCGCUCUACCAGGUGGCAGUACUGAGUGAUCAGCCGUGGGCUCAGCGGAUGGUUGAUGCAUCCAGCAAAAUCGGUGACGGAUUCCUCCAAGGCAACAUCCAAGGGCUGGGUAGUUACGAUGAGUGUCUGGGUGUCAGCGAACCCAACCAGCUGUUUACUGGUCAGCUGUGCAUCGUGCAGACUAAGGGGAUGCUGCCCUCCGUGGUGCACAACCCCCCAACUGCCGAGUACUCGCUACUCAGAGCCCUGCCUAUAGACUUGAAUUUUGCGGUUUGUCUACCCUCCACCUGUACAUAUGCUGAUGUUGCUGAACAUUGGCGGGUUGUUGCUGUUGAAGUCAACGCCACCGCCACUGUCGAACCAUUCGACUGCUCUGUCAAAGGCGACUUGAAGCCAGGAGCUCGCUUCUGGCAAGCCUUGUGUGUGAUGGCAACACUGUUUGCAUUAGUUUUCUUGAGCAGUUGGUAUGACUGGGCGGUGAACUAUCAGCCUGCCAAGAGCCGCAGAAUGCUGGUCAGCUUCUCAAUGUUCAACACCUGGCAGAAGCUAUCCGGUCGUGACAGACAGGACAGUCUGGAUAUCCUGGAUGGGUUGAGGGUCCUGGCAAUAUCCUGGAUCAUCCUAGGCCACAGGUUCGAGAUGUCACUGCAGGUCCCUAACCUUAGUCUGCUGGAUAUGGAAAGGUACACGACUGCAUGGUUCAUGUCUCCUAUCCUCAACAUGAUGUUGGGUGUGGAAGUGUUCUUCCUCAUCUCUGGAUGUUUUAUGUUCACAGUACACGACUGCAUGGUUCAUGUCUCCUAUCCUCAACAUGAUGUUGGGUGUGGAAGUGUUCUUCCUCAUCUCAGGUUGUUUGCUCAGUUUCCACUACCUUCGCGCACAAGAGAAAGGCUCACACCUGCUCUAGUAUUUGUGAUGAUGAUGGAGGGGUGUGUCUUACUCCAUGUCUCUGACGGUCCUCUAUGGAAGCGUCUGAUCGGAAACAGGGCAUUGUCUUGUGUGGAGAACUGGUGGUUGAAUUUAUUUUACAUAAGCAACUACGUCAAUCCAUAUCAUACGUGCAUGAUCCAAAGUUGGUACUUAUCAGCUGACAUGCAGCUGUAUCUUAUCGCUCCACUAUUGCUGAUCCCCUUAGCGAGAUCAUUGGUUGGAUCGGCUGAUCGCUGGACCAACAAAGGCCUAGUGUUCAUCUGUUUCUGCUAUAUUGCUACAACAGCUGCCAGUUUCGCCAAUGCCUUCUACUUUAAACUUCCAGCAGGAGCAACUGUAUCAUUAGAUAAGAAGACCGAGCAGAAUCAUGGUUCGGAAUAUGUUGUAACCCAUGUCAGAGCUGCAUCUUGGCUCACUGGCAUGGCUUUGGGCUACGUUAUUCAUCUGAUCAAGAAGAAACAGCUCAACAUUAACUUGAGCAAUAGGAUGGCAGUGGCGCUCUGUUGGUCCGUUUCUCUAUUUCUUUGUCUAGCUGCAGUCUUCAGCAUAGUUCAGUUCCAGUCUCCCCAACACCAAUAUCACCGUGUGGUGGACAGUCUACACAUUGCGCUUCAUCGGAAUGUAUUCUCACUCGGGAUAGCUGGAGUAGUACUACUCUGUGUAUUGGGGAAAGGAGGUCCUGUUCAGAGUUUCCUGGGAUGGCGAAUAUUUCGGCCACUGGCCACUCUGUCCUACGGCGUCUACCUGAGCCACAUGGGUCUCCAGGCCUUAGGCCUUGCCAGGAUAAGGCAGCCAUUGGCCUUCGACAUGUUCACACUGGUUAUCUGA